UCGGGGGCUCAUGUGUCAACAUCCAGGGUUUCCCCGGGGAGGCGUAACGUUAACGUUAUCCCAAAAAAAAAAAAAAAAAAGCCCCUGAUGUUCUUCUGAAGACCCUUUUAUUUUCUGGCUAGCCUAUUCUUCCUCGGAGGCGGCGGCGGCUUUUCAAGAAGACGAGAAGACGAUCUUGUGCUCCUGCUGCUUUGACGCUAGCUAACAUUAUUUUAAACGAUGACAGAGUACAAAGUGCGAACAGCGUCUCCAAUCAUUUAAAGAAAAUAUCUGGGGGACCUGUUAGCUUUAGCCAGCUUAGCCUGGUAAAUUCGGUCAAGGGAAAACACGGCGAAACACACUGCUGACAUGAUGUUUCCUCAAUCAAGGCACUCGGCGUCCUCUCAGUCCAGUCAACCUCUUAAAUUCACCACCUCUGACUCCUGUGACCGCAUCAAGGAUGAGUUCCAGUUCCUCCAAGCACAGUACCACAGUUUAAAGCUGGAGUGUGAUAAACUGGCCUCUGAAAAGUCAGAGAUGCAGCGUCACUAUAUCAUGUACUAUGAAAUGUCAUACGGGCUGAACAUUGAAAUGCAUAAACAGGCUGAAAUCGUGAAGAGACUGAACGGGAUCUGUGCUCAGGUGCUGCCUUUCCUGUCACAGGAGCAUCAGCAGCAAGUCAUGGGAGCCAUAGAAAGAGCCAAGCAGGUCACCCCACCUGAGAUGAACUCCAUCAUACGGCAACAGCUGCAGGUGCAACACCUGUCCCAGCUCCAGGGCCUGGCCCUGCCUGUGACCCCACUGCCCCUGGGCCUCACCCCUCCCACCCUGCCUGCUGUCUCCUCCAGCUCCGGCCUGCUCUCCCUCUCCUCCAUCCUGGCCAACUACUCACACGGCCAGGCCCAGGCGGUGAAAGAGGACAAGGCCAGAGAGGCUGCGGAGAGAGCGCCCAGAGGAGAGGACGGGGAUAAGUCAGACUAGUGCGAAC